UUUGGAUUGUAUAUCAAAUAUAUUGAUGCAUAAAUUAAGAUAAUUACAAGAAAAAGAAGAGCAAUCUCUUUCAACUGAAUAAGUCUUUGUACCUUUCAUCAAAGAACGAGAUUCUUUAGGCAAACUGUAAACUAACCACAAAAGAAAUAUUUCACAUAAAUAAGUAUUAAAAAAGAAAUCUGAUAAAAAAAAUGUAUGAUAUAUUAAUUAAUACAAAGAAUGUUAUAAUUAGUAAAAGCGUGCAUACUAAAUCAAAAGUUAAUUUUUUAAAAGAUGUUUACACAAUUAAUCAUAAUACUGUGUGGGCUAAUUUGACUUAGGUUUCUAGAUUGGAAAAAAAAUUCAACUUGAAAAUUCAGACUGAAUAUGUUGAACAAAAACCACUUUAAUUAUUAAACUAAAAAUUAUUUUUAAAUGAUGGUCUUGUUAAACAUAAAACACAAACUUAAUUGAAUAAUUCUCCUAAAUUAGGUAAAAAUCUUAGUAUGAAUACUAUUCCACCUAUAGGAUAUUAUCAACCUAAGGAUAUUUAAAUUAAAAGAUAACCUAUGUUUGUUAAAAUGACUCAAUAAUAGGAAACUAAUAGAUAAAUUAAAAAGGUGAUAAAAACAGAAUGUUCUUAAACAACUUAAAUUCCUAAAUUGGAAUUCUCAAACAUAAAAAUAUAAAAUAAAAUUCCAUAAGAAUUAUUAGAAAAAGCAUAUUUAACAGAGAGAAUAUCAACACAACAACGAUUUAGAUACACUCCUUUACAUUUUGAUAAUGAAGAAAUAGAACUUUAAGAAUCUAAAAUAAAUUAAUUAAGAUAAUUUUAUCAAAUAAUGAAAAAUAGUAUUUCUUGA